UUUGCAACACCAUUUCCCUCCUGCAACCUGUCCCAAGCGCGUUUCCGUAGCUGUCGCCUCAGUGAUACGCAACAAGACAAGAGCAGGCAGAGGACUUACGGGUAGAAGUUUAAAUGAGCGGAAAGUUAUAGAUAUUUAAGAACGUUGAUGCUACUACAAUUGAGAAUAAUAGUAGUACAGAACAAGCUACCCAUUUAGGCUGUCACCAUGCUGCUGUGCAGGGCCUCUGCAAUGUUGAGACAAGGCGCUGUGAGGUGGAGUCGAGUCCGGCUACUCAGAUCUACCACAAGCUGCGCUCUGCACAGCGGCGAUACAUCCAAGAAUAACAAAAACAACGCCGCUGUCGACUCAAAGAAUGCUCCGAGUGACAGCAAGUACCGGGAAACCGUCUUGCUUCCCAAGACCGAGCUCCCGAUGAAACUGGCCGGGCAGAAAUUACUAGAUAAGGAGCUGGAGAUUCAGAAGAGCUGUGGGUUCUCGGAGCUGUACGCCUGGCAGAGAGAGAGAAAAGCCAAGAAGGAGUUCUGUCUUCACGACGGACCUCCCUACGCCAAUGGAGACCCCCACGUGGGCCAUGCGCUGAACAAGAUUCUGAAGGAUAUCCGGAACCGGUUUGAGGUGCUGCGGGGCCGGAGGGUGCACUACCUGCCAGGCUGGGAUUGCCACGGCCUGCCCAUCGAGCUGAAGGCACUGGGAGAGCUGGGGGCUCAGGGCCUCUCGCCCCUGCAGAUCAGGAAGAAAGCGAGGGAGUUUGCAGAGCGGGCGAUCGAGAGGCAGAGGUCUUCGUUUGAGCGCUGGGGCGUGAUGGCGGACUGGAGUCAGAGCUACUAUACCUUCGAUGGCAAAUACGAGGCCAAGCAGCUGGGAGUGUUCCACGACAUGCACCAGAAGGGCUUCAUUUAUCAAGACUACAAGCCUGUGUUCUGGUCUCCUUCAGCCAGGACUGCCCUUGCUGAAGCAGAGCUGGAGUAUAACCCCCAGCACGUGAGCCGCACAGUGUACGCCACCUUCCCUGUUCACACCCCUCCUCCCAAACUCGCUGAGGUCACAGAUUCCUGGCCAGGGGUCAGAGUGCUAGUCUGGACCACCCAGCCCUGGACCAUCCCAGCCAAUCAGGCUGUGUGCUACAUGCCCAACUCCCAGUACUCUCUUGUGAAGAGAGCAGACAGCGGAGAGCUCCUCCUGCUGGCGACAGAGCGUGUUGACCCCAUCUCUGCCAUCCUGGGGGUGCAGUUUGAGGUCCUCUCAACUUUUAAAGGGACUGAUCUGGAGGGAGGGGUCUGCAGCCACCCGACAAUUCCUGGCAGGGAGUCCCCCCUGCUGCCCGCCAAUCAUGUGACCAUGUUGAAAGGCACAGGAUUGGUCCACACAGCACCCGCCCACGGCAUGGACGACUACAGCGUGGCUUCCCAGUUCAAGCUGCCUGUGGAUUGCCUGGUGGAUGAAGACGGGAAUUUCACAGAAUCCGCCGGCCCCGAACUCCACAGCAAGUCUGUCCUGGGGGACGGCACUCAAGCUGUGAUCGCCAUGCUCCGCGACACCAAGGCCUUGCUGAAGGAGGAGGAGAUUGUGCACAGCUACCCCUACGACUGGAGGACCAAAAAGCCUGUCAUUAUCCGAGCAAGCAAGCAGUGGUUCGUCAACACAGGCAGCAUCAAGGACCGGGCACAGGAAGUGCUGAAGAAGGUGCGUGUGAUCCCGGAGUCCGCGCGGAGCAGUUUGCUGGCCAUGCUGGACAGGCGCACCUACUGGUGCAUCUCUCGACAGAGGAGCUGGGGCGUCCCCAUCCCUGUCUUCUACCACCGAGAGAGUGGGGAGCCCCUCAUCAACAGGCACACAGUGGAGCACCUGUCCAUGCUGUUUGAGAAGCAUGGCAGUGACUGCUGGUGGGAACUGCCUCUGGAGCAGCUGCUGCCUGCGGAGGUUCUCAAGAAGAGCAAGGUGGCUGAGGUGCAGGAUUAUGAGAAAGGAGAGGACGUGCUGGACAUCUGGUUUGACAGCGGGACCUCAUGGGCAGCCGUGCUGGAUGAGCCUGACCGGUGUGCUGAUGUGUAUCUGGAAGGGAAGGACCAGCUGGGCGGCUGGUUCCAGUCCUCCCUGCUCACUAGUGUGGCGGUCAGAAAGAAGGCCCCCUACAGGACCCUGGUUGUUCACGGGUUCACUCUGAGUGACGCUGGAGACAAGAUGUCCAAAUCUCUGGGGAAUGUGGUGGACCCGGACGUCGUGAUUAACGGAGGCCAGGACCCCUCCCUUUCCCCCCCGUAUGGAGCCGACACCUUGCGGUGGUGGGUCGCCGAGUCCAACGUCUUCUCAGAGGUGACUAUCGGACCCAGCGUGCUCAACGCAGCCCACGAGAGCAUCAACAAGCUGCGGAACACUUUGCGCUUCAUGGUGGGUAACCUGCGCGGGUUCGAGCCGCAGAAGCACUCUGUGUCGAGCCAGGAGAUGUUCGUCAUUGACCAGUACAUGCUGCACCUACUGCAGGAGUUCAGCAUCAAGGUGACGGACGCUUACACAGAGUACGACUUUGGGAAGGUCAUCCGGCUGCUGCAGGCAUUUGUGAGCAGAGACCUGUCCAGCUUCUACUUCAGUAUCAUCAAAGACAGGCUGUACUGCGAUGCUGAGAGCUCUCACCAGCGCCGCUCCUGUCUGACGGUUCUGGAUGAGGUUCUGGAUGCUGUGACCCGCUCCAUUGCCCCCAUCCUUCCUCACCUAGCCGAGGAGAUCUACCAGCACACCCCCGGCCGCCCAGAGUCCGAGACCCUGUUCCGGAGCGGGUAUAUCAAGGCCAGCUCUCUGUGGAAGAAGCCUGGUCUGGUGGAGGCAGUUGAAGGGGCGUGUGCCAUCAGGGACUCCUUCCUGAGCUCCAUCCCCGGGCGCAACGCUGCCGAGUUCGACCUGACCAUCGCCAUCGAGCCGGGCCUAUUCUUCGAACUCAUGGAGUCCCUGCAGGAGAUGCCCUGUUCCAGCACCUCCCAGCUGUGUGAGCUGAUGAUGACAUCUCAGACCAGCCUGCUCACCACCCUGCCCCGGGACCUGCCAGCGGACGCGCUUACUGUGAGGGGCAGCUUCCUCAUCAACCUGGAGGGCGGUGAUAUCAUGGAGGAGUCCUCCUACAAGGUGGCUGCAGUCCCCUGUGCCCGCUCCCGCUGCCCACGCUGCAGGAAGUUCACCUCCGAGACCCCUGGCUCCCCCUGUCCCCGCUGCCUGGAGGUCAUCGCCACGGCUGUGCUCUGAACCUUGAACCCCUGACUGCUGGGGUGCAGCGCCAUGCAGCCUCCAGCUGAAAGGACAGUGCCUGCCUGAGCAAUAUAACAAACAGUACUCUUUGACAGGUUCUCUUUCUCCUCACCUUUGACAAAACACUGACAUUGACAGGAACCCCUGCUCUGACUGUGCUGUUGACAGGCUGUCCUGGCACUCUGGCUGUGCUGGUAGAAACGCUCUUCUGCUUCUGACUCGGCAUGAGAUCUGUGACAUGCUGACUGUGGCUGCAGGAUUCCCUAAGGUUGUGGAAAAGCACUUGUACUUGUUUCACUCCUUCACAGGAAAAUGUGGCCUGUUUUUUAUUUUGACUGGCUAAAACUGCUAUAAAAGUAACGUAUGUAAUCAAAUUAGUAAAAGCAGAUACAGAACAACUAUUUAUUGUGACCCCAAAAAGCACUUGUACUUAUUAUGACAUGGUUAUAGUGACUAUUUUGAAGCAAGUGCAAAAAUAAAAUAAGAAUGCUUAUUUUAUAAGAGGAAAAUUACUAUUUUAACAAGAAACUAGCGAGAAUCUGCUCGGAAUAAUAACAUAACCUUUCUUCAUAGGGAUUACGUUGUUUCUCGGUAGUUUAAUACCGUUACAAUGGUAUGUUACGAUUUGCUCUUGCUCAUAAUAGGGCCUUAAUAUGCAAUGUGUAUGGGUGUUUGCAUAUUUCUAUAUUUUAAAAGCCAACAUUUCAUUACUAUGUUAGCAACCAUACAACUUGAUUAAAACAAAUAAAAAUAAAAAACCUCAUCACACCACUCGGCUUUUAAAAUACAAUUAAUCCAAUUAACACACAGCUAUUGCGACAUCCAGAAUUAAUAGAAACUGAAAUAUUGCCACAUUGUAUGUGUGAAAACUUUUUUUUUUCUUUUUCGUUUUUAGUUUAAAAUGUUCUCCCGAACGAUGCACAGCUUAGCUUCAGGUAAGAGUAGUUACAUGGUAACUUCAUGUUGUUUCUCACUAGCUUGAUUAGGGCAAAUUUGUUGUAUUCCUUUCUAGAAGAUAAUGGUCACAGGUUUUGGAUUUACCUUUUUUUUUAAAAAAAAAAAAAAAAAAAAAAAAAAAGCAAUGUUGCUCUAAGAAGCCCCUGUACCAAAAUAUAGUUUAGUGUAUAAUGUUUAUUUAAAAAAUGUGUUUUGUCCAGCAGCUUUUCAGCAGAAUGUCUCUCUCGUUAUCUGUACUGACAAACCUGGUACAUUUUGAAGCUUUACAAUCUAGUACAUUGGCUUGCUUCAAUGUUCUGUCUAAUGAGGCUGGAGUUAUGUUCAUGCAGCUAAACAUUAAGUGCUUUAAACACCCUUUAUAUUUUUUGUGAAAGACAGAAAUUAAACUGGUUUGGUCCCAGUGAGUGUACUGGCAGAUGGAUGCAGAGCUGGUUCUGAGAGUGGGUGAUGGUGUGUACUAUUUUGCAGUAAAAAUAAGAUGUGUUCAGAAAACUCUUUUCCUUUAAUAAUGAACUGCAGUUACACUUCUUGGACCCCAGGUGGAGCAGUGUAAAGAAGCCUGUGUUUGUGAACAAAACCAAUAACGAUUCAAAAAUAACUCCACAGAAACACAUUGAAUUCCAUAUGGCUUUAUUUAUUUCAGAGCGUUUUAUGUUUGCUCACUAUAUACAUACUAAUACAAAGAUGGGGAAACAAACUUUUAGUAAAGCCUGCCCCCACCCCCCCAUUCAGAUACCAUGUGUUGCAUGCCUUCCUGAGGAAAAAAAACAAAUCAGAGGCUGAGCAAAGAGACCAUUUCCUGUUUAAUCUAUCUGAUAGUGCGGUUCAGUCGGGAUGUAGCUUUAGCACAGAUAAACAAGUUUACUACUACUUCCAAUUCCCCGCUAUAAACAAUUAAGGGUUAUUCAGAUGUGUAUAUUAAGUGCUAAAAAUCCCCCAAAUCCUGCAUUGAUACUAUAUUACAGUGAGACCAAUGAAAACUAGUAUCUGCUGAAUCCUGGCUGCUGUAUCACAAGUCUAGCUGGUACACCACUCACUUCUCUCAUUAGGUGCUGUUAUGCAGUAGGGGAAAGAGCAGGGACUGUGGGCAUUGAGAGCAUCAUACAGAGCUACAGUACAGUAACUCAGUCCUAGCAGCGAGCUGGGGUUGUUGUUAUAGGUAGCCUGCCUCGGACGGUGAAAUACAAUUGUUUAAAGACACAUUUCCACCCGCCGAUGGGAUUGAUUUGAAAUUGCUGAUUUCCAUCCCUGAGCAGUAGAUCGAGAUCAAUGGGAUUUCAACCAGAACUCAAUCUCUCCACACUGAUGGUGGAAGUUAAACUUAUGAAUGUCCCCAGCAGACGAUGCUAGAGAGAGAAAGAGGCAGGUUUUAAGUCUUUAGGAAUAUAAUAUAAAUGUAAGCUUAACAUGAAACCUGUGAAUAUAUUAUACCAUGUGGGGACUAUUGGGAGGUUGGCAAAUGAAUCUGUGGAAGUGAUCUUUGACCGCCUUGCAUAUUGGAUUGUGGACAGCAGACCUCAGGUGGAAAUGUCUGCAGCCCCAGUCAGGCACUGGGAAUGAGAUUGAGUUUGACAGACUGGCUUCAUGGUGCAGAUGGAAAUGUGAUAUUUCUCUGUCUCUGGCAGCGCGACACCCCCACCCCAGGAAGGCAUGACUCCCCCCUACCCCUCGUGCAGUUUUUAUAGCCAUGUUAAUAAUGAUACAUAGAUAUAUAAUGCAUUUCUUUCUUAUUUAAUGUACAGAAUUAAGUCAUUUAUGCAGGUACAGGCACAGCUAUUAUAUAAAUAAGGAGAGGAAUUAAAGCUCUUUUAUAAACCAGAAAUAGCCUGUGGGGGUGUUAGUUUUAAUAACAACAUAUAUGUGUGUGUGUGUAAUUAUAUAUAUAUAUAUAUAUAUAUAUA